UCUUUUCUCUGUGUGUGUGUGUGCGUGUGUGUGUGUGUGGCUUCACUCACAGGGAAGAGCAGGAGUUAGUAUGCAGAGACAUGUAAGAUGGCAGAGCUGCAGAUGUUGUUAGAGGAAGAGAUUCCUGCUGGGAAAAGAGCUCUAGUGGAGAGUUACCAAAACCUGACCAGGGUCGCGGAUUACUGCGAGACCAACUAUGUCCAGGCACAGGAUAAGAGGAAGGCGCUGGAGGAGACCAAAGCGUACACGACCCAGUCACUGGCCAGCGUCGCCUACCAGAUCAACGCCUUAGCCAACAAUGUUCUACAGCUGCUCGACAUCCAGGCCUCGCAGCUCCGCCGCAUGGAGUCCUCCAUCAACCACAUCUCACAGACAGUGGACAUCCAUAAGGAGAAGGUGGCCAGGCGAGAGAUCGGCAUCCUGACCACUAACAAGAACACAACCAGGACGCACAAGAUCAUCGCUCCAGCCAACGUAGAGAGGCCGGUGAGGUACAUCCGAAAACCGAUAGACUACACCGUUCUGGACGACGUGGGGCACGGAGUUAAGUGGCUAAAAGCCAAGCAACAUGGAAACAACCAAUCAAUCAGAGGAGGAACGCUAUCGAGGACCAAUCCACCGACGCAGAAGCCACCCAGUCCGCCCAUGGCAGGGCGUGGCACUCUCGGGCGUAACACUUCAUAUAAAACUCUUGAGCCAGUAAAACCUCCUACAGUGCCUAAUGACUACAUGACCAGCCCUGCUCGCCUCGGGAGCCAGCACAGCCCAGGACGCACGGCCUCGCUCAGCCAAAGACCAAGAACCCACAGUGGCAGCAGUGGGGGUAGUGGCAGUCGUGAGAACAGCGGAGGCAGCAGUAUUGGCAUUCCCAUCGCCGUGCCGACUCCCUCCAUCCCCAACUCUGGCCCAGUUCAUUCCAUGUUUGCUCCGCCCCCACCUCCGCCUCCACCCAUGUUUGGGGGCCCAAUGGCUAUAGGGCUCGGUCCAGCCCCCGUCUCUCAGUUUGGCACGAUAUCGCGACAGAUGUCCCGCCACAACUCCACCACGUCGUCCAUGUCCACGGUUUCAGCCACGGGGACGUACAGGCGCGCGCCGUCUCUCUCCUCUCAGCUCCCUCUGCAGCACACUAACGUCAACGGUGCUGCUCCGGCCGCCUUUACACACAACUCAAUGUCUGUUGCUCCCCCUCCUCCCCCCAUGCCUCAGCUCAUUCCACAGAUUCCCCUCACCGGCUUUGUGGCCCGGGUGCAGGAAAACAUCGCCGACACCCCGACUCCGCCCCCUCCUCCGCCACCUGACGACAUGCCCAUGUUCGACGAGGCUCCGCCCCCUCCACCUCCACCUCCUGUGGACUAUGAGGAUGAGGAGGCAGCCGUGGUGCAGUACAGUGACCCGUAUGCUGAUGGAGACCCUCAAUGGGCCCCUAAAAACUACAUUGAGAAAGUGGUGGCCAUCUACGACUACACCAAGGACAAAGACGAUGAGCUGACCUUCAUGGAAGGCGCCAUCAUCUACAUCAUCAAGAAGAAUGACGACGGCUGGUUCGAGGGUGUGUCUAACGGCGUCACCGGCCUCUUCCCCGGCAACUACGUCGAACCCAUCAUGCACUACGCUGACUGACGCGGCCGGGAGUAGCUCUAUAAGACGCAUCCAAACAGUAUAGACAGUAUAGAUAGUAUAGGAGUGUAUGAGGAUGUGCUGAGGUGGGGAUCAGAGAGACGGCGUGAUCUGUGUAAAUACAACGAGCCGGGUGUUUUUAGUAUUUUUUCAGUGAAUGUUGAUCACAUCUCAAUGCCAAAAGUCUUCGAUUUAAAAAUUUUAAUCCAGUCCAAACUGUUUAUGAUGAAUAUAAAACAAAUAUACAAGAUAAAGUUUAAAAAAAAAAAAAACCUAUACAUUAUUGAUAACACUGUUUUAAGGCAGUAAGUCUGAAAUGUGAUUUAAGUCCUGACAUGAAGCAUGCCUACGACUUUUAUACCUAUAGUAACGUCGAGAUUUAAUUCCACUUUUUUUUUUUUUUUUUUUUUUGGGUCCUGAUACUUGAAGGUAUUAAUGGACAUUUUACAUUUUAUUUUAAUACUUAAGUAUUAUACAAUUUAUCCCUCUGAUCCCGAUCAUUUUAUUUUAUUUUUCCAAUGAAGAUUUUUUUUCUGCAUUUUUAAAGCCAGAACAGUCAAUUUCUCUGUACGUAUUUUCAAUGAUGCACACAAACGGAUCUGUAGAUUGCUUACACUGUAGACUUUAAAGUUAUGAUAAGUAUGUUAAUCAGUAUACAAUCCAUAUCUGCCAUUAAUCAGCCAGAAAUAACUGCCAUAUCGGUUCGACUGAUUUACAACUCAUUACCUCCCUGCACAGAUUAAUGAACAAAAUCAGAUUUGUGAACUGGUUCGGUAUCAUAAUUAAAGCCAUGGAAAAUUGACAAUAAAUUUUGUAAAUGUCCAUUAAA